GAAACUUCAGAACUGCAACUGGACUUCAGUCGGUAACCAACCAGCCAGUCAGCUAACUGUUCAGGUAGUAAGGUAGCCAGUGGGUUACUGUUUGUAAUCAAUCCUUUAGUCAGUCAGUCAGUUAUUAGUUUGGAUGGUCAGUUGGUUGGUUGGUUAGUCUUUCAGGCAGUCAGUAAGUUUAGCACCGAGGCAGUCAGCAAGGCAGAUCCAUUAAAACCAGUCAUCCAUCCAUCCCUCCAGCCAGUCAGCGAGUCAGCUGGUCGGUGAGUGGGUGUGGCUUUCGCUUCUGCUGCUUCUAGCUGAAUAGUAGUCAGUCAUCCAGUCGUCCUGCCUCCCACUCAGUCACUCCGUCAGUCAGUCAGUCAGUCAGUCAGUCAGUCCGUCAGUCGGUGGGUGUAGAUGCAGGGCUGCUGGUCAGCUGCUCUGGACGGCUCGUAUCUCCCUCAGGAUCUCACACUGUUGAAUCAGCUGAGGAGCCACUGAGAGGUUUAUUGCGGUCAUCACUAUGACUGAUGGGGAUUAUGACUACCUUAUAAAGCUCCUUGCCCUGGGGGACUCCGGCGUGGGGAAGACUACCUUCCUGUACCGAUACACAGACAACAAGUUCAACCCCAAGUUCAUCACCACAGUUGGCAUCGACUUCAGGGAAAAGAGAGUGGUGUACACAGCGUCUAACCCCAAUGGGACGACCACGGGGAAAACCUUUAAGGUUCACCUUCAGCUCUGGGACACAGCCGGACAGGAGAGGUUCCGCAGCCUGACAACGGCGUUCUUCAGGGACGCCAUGGGGUUCCUGCUGAUGUUUGAUCUCACCAGCCAGCAGAGCUUCCUCAACGUCAGAAACUGGAUGAGCCAGCUACAGGCCAAUGCCUACUGUGAGAAUCCAGAUAUUGUGUUGGUAGGAAACAAGGCAGACCUGGCCGACCAGCGGGAGGUUCAGGAGAAACAGGCCAAGGAGCUGGCUGAUAAAUACGGAAUACCGUACUUUGAGACGAGUGCAGCGACGGGAGCGGAGGUGGACAAGGCGGUGAUAACGCUGUUGGACCUGGUCAUGAAGAGGAUGGAGCAGUGCGUCGACAAACCGCCCGCCGAGCCAGCCAAUGGGAACGGGGCCACGAAGCUUGCUGAGGAGCAGCCCAAUGAGAAGAAAUGUGCAUGCUAGAUGAAGAGGCGAUUCAGGAAACGACCAGUCAGCGCUCCUCCGUUCGUCCGUCCUUUCUACUCGCCACAUUCCCUCCUUCUUUUACUUUCUCUGUCAUCUUUGAUUGCAUGUUUGUUCAUCUUCCCCUGGUCACUCUCUUCUCUCUAGAACUAAAGUUUAGCCAUCUCCUGCUCCUCUUUUCUUUCUGUUCCUCUCUUUACCCAAUUGUCUGCCAGUCUGGCAAUGAAACAACUCUGUCCCCCUCUAGUGGAUUUUCAAGGUAAUACAGUCUCAGCCUGUCUGCCUUUGAGCUCUGUUUAGGAGGAAAUUAAAACAGGAGGGGACAGUUUCAUCACUGUCAGACACAGAAUGUGCCUCGGUUAAAACAUGCAGUCUGGGAAUGAAGCUCUGCACGCUCCCAAUUCCUCUGCUUGCAAGUGGUUUGAAUGAUUUAAAUUGAUCUAACCAGGCAAAAAGAGACUUUAAAAAAUGAAUUUGAACUAUUUAAAGUCUCAUCUCUUCAUCACUUCAUAACAGGGGAAGCAUUUUGCUUCCUGUUUAGGCUGUCACUCGAAGACAUCCUAAUCCAUAAAGAGUCAGUCUGUGUGUCUGUGUUAAUUAAGUCAUGGUCCUCUCCUGAAACUUUUCCUCCUGGACCAGGCUGACCAACUGUGUGACCAAUGUGUUUCUAUUUGAAUUGUUUUCCCAGUUUCACACUGUUUUCAAUGCUGUACCCAUAUUAGCCACAUAUGGUCAUAUUUCAGUGUUUCAAGCUGUUUUUAGACGUUUGUUAAAAAUGCACCACGUUAUACAGUUAGCUACGGUGCCAUAUUGGACGUCUCUGACACCCGUCUCAGAUUGCUGUGUGUCUGUUUUUUGUUAAUCUAAUGUCAGCUUAUUAGCGUCUAUAGCGAACUUUAGGAUAUGUAUUUUUAAUCAACAAUGACCUGUGCAGAUGAAUAUUAGGCCUAUAUUAAAUAUUUUAUUAAAAACAAAACAUAACAAUACACAAGAUGGAGAUACCCCCGACACAAAGCAGAAGAAGCUGAAAUCAUAUUUUGGAUCAACAUGUUAAAUUGAAUAUUUGUGUUAGCACUCCUUAAAAAAACAAUCUAUAAGAAGUAUCGAUGUAAGUGUAUUCAAUAAGACAACAAAACAAUGUAACCUUAGGAAAGAAAAUGGAAACUGAACAAAUGGAAAGAUUUUUAGCAUCCAAAAUGUGUGUGAAAAACGUAUUUUAAAAUUGUAAUCCUGCUAAAUAAUCCCCAUCUUUACAGUUACCUUUUCUUUGUAUCCUGAUUACUCCACAAGCCUGCUGUAUAACACAUUUUGUAGCUAGCCAUCUACAAACUAGCUAACGUUUAGGGCACCAGAGCCCGGCAGUGUUAGCAGUGGCUACAAAUGGCUAAUAUUAACAAAAGCAGCUGAUUUGUGUUUCUAGUAAAGAUGGUUUGCAAUGUUUUAGUAACUUUCAUACAGAAACAAAUCAAAUAGAGAAAAACUUAUCACAAUACUUUUGUAUCAGUCUUCUCACCACGCCACCAACAUCUUGUUUAAGUUGUUGUUUUCUGUGCCAGUGCUUCAAGGUUUUCUCUGAAUUCCAUCGUUCUAUCGGACUUUUACGUUAGCAUGUGGUGAGUUUAGCUAACGGAAUUUACCGUGCUGCGCUCUUUUUUUGUUCCUUCGUACAGGAGUGCCAUAUGGUUGAUCAGAAGUAGCUUUGUUUGGGUACUGUGGACACUUUUACAUUAUACUGAUAACAUGAGAUACUUUGUAAUUUUGCUAGUGCUUCAGCUAGCUCUCUGUCAGCUGCCCGGUUGGUUUACUUAUUCUCCAUUAGACCUGAAUGAUGGUGCCAGACCGGCCGAUAGCAGAUAAUACACCAUUCAUAUUGUAGGACGAAUAUGGGUACAGCAUGGUACACGUGAAAUGGUGAAAAAAAGCCUACAUUGUAUAUUAUUAAAUAGACGUAUUGUUCCAAACUGAUCUACUGCCUUGGCUUUUAAAGCGUUAUUCCACUGUGGCGGAACAGACUUUAACCUCUGUGAGAGUUCGAGAUAAGUCAGCUAAAAAUAUCUGCUGCUCUGGGGAGGCAAUGUCACCGUAACAUUUGCGGAAAAUGAAAUAAAUGCAAUCUAAAAAAGUUAAUGGCUAUUUACAGAUUACAGAUAGAACAAACAUGACAUGUACUGUAAGUCAUUAUAAAUGCAUUGAAAAAAAGUUCAAUUAACUAUAGAAGAUAAUUAGGUCUAAUCAGAAUCAUUAUCAUGAAAAUAGGCCUUUCUGCGAAUGGAAAAAUACCAGAUAUCAGUUCGUUGGGUGACGAGGCCUUUUCAGGGCAGCUGGUUUUAAAUGUUGAACUCUCAUCUCUUUAUAACAGAUAAUCAGACAAAGUGAAAUAUCCCUUUAAGGCCCCAUACAUGACCAGUGUUGUUAGAAUAUAAAGUGACCAAUUAUUUAUAUUAAAAGAAAUGUAAAACAUAGAUUAUUAUUUGCGUUGUCAUAUUUUUGUUAUGUUCUUUAUAUCUCACACUCACACAUUUCCUUUUACUUUUAACGUCCAUCAAGAGAAAAUUAUUUCCACCAUUUAUUUCAUUGCUAUAGUGCUCUUAAGCUCAAUUGUCAAAUUAACCCAAAAAUGACAAAUUUAUCAAUCAAGUGUGUCUAACAUGAAGAAAAUACACUAUUAUAAACUCUUGAAGUACAGUAGAAAUUGAUUAAGACUAUUUCUCUUUGCUCUGAACUGGACUUCUUUGGUUCAACACUUGAAGUUACUGUGGACCAACUUUCUUGUGUCUCAAAAGUUGUGUUUUGUUGCUUAACACUACAUUGUUUUUUUCAUUGCAUACCAGACCAAUUAACAGUUGCUGUGCAGAAAACCUAACGAAAUCAUGUUACACUGAAAGGAAAUUCAGUUUAAGAGUUCAGUUUAAAAGGCUGCAUGUUUUGUACCGUGACGCUACGCUUGAGCAUAGCAAAAAACACAAGUCUUUAGAAGCCAUUUAGAGGUAAACUUACAAAAAAUGAAAAAUAAAUCUGUUGAUUUAAAUGUCAAAACUCAGCUUUGAGUCCGAGAUGAUCUCUUUUGUUUUAAGUGCAACUCAACAGUUUUCAUUAUAUCAAGUAACACCUUGAUCUGCCUUACUUCAUGACAAAUCUUGAGCCGAGUUGACGUGCACCAGAAACAAGGGAAAUUAUCUUUUUGCUCGCCACCUGCUGGCAGCUAAAUCCUUAUUUUGUCCUUCAGUGAGCCAACGGGAGGGUUUAGUCCCAACUCACAGCUGCAUAAUAUUAGGAUUACUGCAGGUUGGUUUUCAAAGUGUUCUGAAACCAGUGGCUGCCAAAUGGGUCAGCAGUAACAUGAAGUAUACUGCAUGUGUGGCUUAUUAAUGGCCUGGUGUGGUCAUUUUAAAGAUGAUAAAAUUCUGAAUGUUUUUCAGUAACAUUUUUAGCAUUUUGCUCUAUGGAUCCAUACAAAAAUAAGUUAAAGCACCAUAGAGCUUUGGCUUCAACUUGUUGUCACCUAUAUUUAAUCUGCCAGUGUGCCAAAUGAAAAAAGGAAACGACAAAAAUGAGCGAUUGCUUUCGACAAACCCAAACCUCAUUCUGCUGUUCACUCAGAGAAACUGCCUUCACAGUGAGAAAAAUGUGUUUUAAUUUUGUGCUGUAUUUUGUUUAAGAGCCAAGCAGAGUCGUCUGCCAACAGCUGAUCCCUGUGCCAUAUUAAACACUCACUGCUGUUAAUUCGCUAAUUAUAAAGACAUAAGGAGAUGGCUCACACUGUAACAUCCUCUCACAGUUACUUAUCAGGAUAACUCUGAUAAUGUUCCCAUAAAAUUCUGUAUCUCUAUAGGUUUGGUUGCACUGUUUCCGUUUCAGUGUCACUUUUCUUUUGUUCAGAUCUGUGUUAGAUCUUUUAUCAAUCAUAAUGUACAGGUUACAUACUUCUAAACUUACAGAAGCAGCUUUGUGAAAUCCUCCUAACACAGGUUUUUCUUCUUUUUCUUUGCUCCAACUUUAGUCCAUGAAACAGGUCCUGUUACGCAAGUGAUAUUUUAGUAGAAUUGUAUCAUUAGGACUUAGUCAAAGCUGCAGUAACUGAAAUUAAAACUUUAGGAGCCUUGGCACAAGGUGAAAACACAGCCUGACAUAUUAUAACUUUAUAAAGUUCCAUUGGAGUAGAGUUUGUGUCCAUCUGAUAAAUAUAAUUCCAAUAUUUACUAUCCUCUUUAGCUCUGUUUUGGUCUCCACCAGCUAAUGAGAAAAAUAUAUGGCUAGGUAUCUAUGGCAGGUAGUGUAUAGUGGGUGUAUCAGCUGCCCGCUGCUGGAAAAGGGUUUGAUGAGACUGAACCUUACGUUAAAUGUGCCGUAAAACCAAAACAAUGAGCUGAAAGAGGCUAAAAAGCUCUGUAUCGUGCUGCAUAAUUCUUGGUAGGUUUAUUAUGAGUGUCACCUUUUGCUUAACACAAUCCAAUGUUACUAUAAAAAUAUUGAUUAGUGCAGCUUUAAAUGUCUCCUACAUGUCUUUAAAGUCACUAAUAAGUUGUGUCACUUUUUCUUAGUUUUUGUUAAGUUUCCAUGUUUUUGGUAAAACAGUUAAAUUGUGACUUGGGAAAAUAAUGACAUGGUUUUAUAUAAAUGUAAUACAGCCUUGUUGAUGAGGGUGACUGGCAACACAUAUUGGUUUAAAUGCAGAAUUAAAAAAAGAUUCUUAUUUCUCCAGUAAUUUUAGUACAUUUAUUUUGCAAUUACAGAAGAAGAAAAAUGAAAAUGAAUUCUUAAGAUCUACCCAACUGCUCAGAUCAAAUAAAGCAAGGGGACAAAAGUAGGUAAAAUAAAAAGCAUCAACUGUGUCAAGUUAAUGCUGCUUUUCUCGGAGUCCAAAUUCCCAGUGCUCCUCACCCAGAUGGACGACCAUUUUCCUGCACUUGUUGUACCAAUGCCUUUUCAUUGUGACAAUCGUUUGAACCAAUUUGUCAGCUUUUAUCUGAGCCCUUCCUUUUGUGUUGCUCAUUAUAUUUUCUCAAUUUUGAUUGAACUCUAAGAAUACAUUUGUCUUCUGAUGUCCUUUUGCUUAAAUUCAGUAUUCAGUUGUGCCACAGGUGUGUCUGACAUCUACCAACAUUACAUUUAUUUUCGCUGUAUUGAGUCAUGUUUUUCUUGAAGCAUCUGUUUAAUAAGUCUUAAAUGGUUUUGGUAGUUUUUGACUUCACUUUGAAAGUUUACACUGUUUGGAGAGUCAUGUUGUGCCUGUUAUUAUUAACUCUUCUGUCUGAUCCUCUGUAAAGUUUGUGAGCUACUGAGUAUUUUAAUGCAUUACUGAUUAUAGAUUACAAAGCAGAGGCUAAAGAGACCAGACGUCAUGAUGUUGUUUUUGUGCCCGAUAUAUCAAAACAACUUAUCACUCCAAGUACCUCUCAGAGCUUUUUUAUUUUUGGAAAUCCUCUGUGUGUGAAUUCUCUCUGAUGCCUGCGGUUUGUACACGUUUCUUCGGUGUGUGUUUGUUGGGUUUGUUGCACCGUCAGCAUGUUUGACACAAUGAGAAUGAAAUGACCUGUGAUGCGUUUAAUGUUUCUGAUGUCAGAGCUGCAAAUAAAUCUGUUUGUUUUA